AUGGCUGAGUCGUCGACUACGACGCAGGCGGAAGGUUCCGAUUCUUCCGUUACAACUGCAGAAAUUACUAUUCCCCCUCAACUGAAAUUUUUCAUGUCAAAUGUGAAAACCAUGGUUACCGUUCAGUUAACUUCUGAGAAUCAUCUUAUAUGGAAGUCUCAACUCCUAAAACUCUUCACUGCAAAUAGCUUUGAAGAUCAUCUUACGGGAGUCUCUGUUCAGCCGGAAAAACUGAUCCUAAACAAUAAUGGAAUCCGAGUGCUCAAUCCUCUAUACAUUACCUGGAUGCUCAUCGAUCAGCAUUUGGCUUCCGCCAUUUACUCCAUAGUUUCUCCUUCUCUGUUACCCUAUAUCUUGAAUCUCAAUUCUACUCAUGAGAUUUGGGUAACUCUUGAUCGCCGUCUCCAGUCCUCCAACCGCUCCAGGCUUCUGCAACUCAAGGGUGAACUGCAUCAAUUACAUCUUGGAGACAAAACCAUGUUUCAAUAUCUCUCUGAUAUUAAGAACAAAGUUGACGCGAUCGCCACUGCCGGAUCUUCUAUAGAUGUCGAAGACACUAUACACUAUACAUUAAAUGGCUUACUAGCCACUUAUAUGUCAUUUAAAACUGCUAUUCGCACUCAACUAAAUCCUAUUUCACUUGAUGAUUUCUACUCCCUACUCUGUAGUGAAGAACUACAUCUGAAUGCAGAUAGCAGUCGUGAAUCCAUUACAACCGCUACCUCUGACUCCAGCUUUGCUCUUACAGCAACUAGAGGUUCGUUCCGUGGACGAACUCGUGGUAGAACCCGUGGAUCAUUCCCAGGACGAGCAGCUCCAGGACGUAACUCCACCGGUCGAUCAUAUCCUAGCACAGUUGUCCUCGGUUCAAAUCGAGGAGGAAGAUGA